CCCUGCUAUGCUGCUGAGGGAGCCCACAGUCACAGCAAUAUGCCAUCGGGAACGGAGGGCAACUUCAAACCCAGCAAGUACAUCCCGGUGUCGGCGGCCGUCACCUUCCUCGUGGGCUCCACCUCGCUCUUCUUCGUCUUCCCGUGCCCGUGGCUCAGCCAGACGUUCUCACCGGCCAUCCCCGUCUACAACGUGAUCAUCUUCCUCUUUGUGCUGGCCAACUUCAGUAUGGCCACCUUCAUGGACCCCGGCAUCUUCCCACGAGCCGACGAGGACGAGGACAAGGACGACGACUUCCGAGCCCCCCUCUACAAGAACGUGGAGAUCAAGGGCAUCCAGGUCCGCAUGAAGUGGUGCUCCACCUGCCGCUUCUACCGGCCGCCUCGCUGCUCCCACUGCAGCGUCUGCGACAACUGUGUGGAGGAGUUCGACCACCACUGCCCCUGGGUGAACAACUGCAUCGGCCGCCGCAACUACCGCUACUUCUUCCUCUUCCUGCUCUCGCUCACCACCCACAUCGUGGGCGUCUUCUCCUUCUCCCUGCUCUACCUGCUGCACCACCUAGACAGGCUGUCGUCCGUGCACACCGCCGUCACUAUGGCAGUGAUGUGCGUGGCCGGUCUAUUCUUCAUCCCCGUGGCUGGUCUCACCGGCUUCCAUGUGGUGCUGGUUGCCCGAGGGCGCACCACCAACGAGCAGGUGACGGGGAAAUUCAGGGGAGGGGUGAAUCCCUUCACACAGGGAUGUUGGAGGAACAUCUCCUACGUCCUCUGCAGUUCACAGGCACCCAGGUACAUUUCCCGGGAAAAGAGGGGGAGCCAGGUCCCGGUGCAGACGCCCUUCGUCCGCCCCACCAUCUCUGACACCGAGGUCACCAUGAAGUUAAUGGACAACGGCAUCCAGACGAGCCUCGCGCGCACUCGGUCUCGGGGAAGUCUGGUGGUGAUGGAGAGUCAAUCGAUGGAUGUGGAUCCUCCGCCGCCUCCCAAACCGGACCUGACACGGUAUUCCGGGCUGCGGACUCACCUGUCACUGGCUACCAGUGAGGAGAGCAACCUCCUUCAUCGGGCAGACAACCCACCAACCCCCACCAUGUACAAGUACCGGCCCGCUUACAGCAGCCCCGGACGCAACCACGUGGCCCUCACGCACUCUGCCAGCGACAAGGUGUCGCCAGGGGACCUGUCUCCGGAGCUGGCGACGGCCGAGGGCCUCAGCAGCCAGAGCCUGGGCUCGGGGGGCCGCCCCUCGCCCCCCCUGUACCGCAGCUUCCCGACGGAGCCCACCUCGGAGGGCUCCCGCUCCUCCUGCAGCCUGCGGGCCCCCGAGGGGCCGCCCCGCUCCGAGGGCACUACCUCCACCUCCUACAAGAGCCUGGCCAACAACCCCACCCGGGAGGGCAGCCUCUCCUACGACAGCCUCCCGCCGGCCAGCCUGCCGGCCAGCCCCGAGGACAGCGAGGGUCCCCGUCCUGCCGGCUACCACUCCCCCUUCCUCUCGGCCCAGCAGCGGGAGGCUGACCUCCUCCUGCUCCCGCCCCCCCACCGCAGCCGCCCUCCUCCCUCAGCCGAACGGGAGAGGCUGCUGGAGGCCGGAAUGUCCCACCGAGACCCUCGGCCGCCGACGGGACCCUCCCAGCAAAGCCGGCUGCUCCGGGCCGCCUGCUCCCCGCCAACAGAGGCCGCAGAGGUCUCAGGGGUCACCCAUCCGCUCCUGACGCACAGAGAUGAGGCACGGACGAAGGCCGCCCACGUCAGGAGCAACGGGCAGCCCAAGAGCACGAGCAAGGGGGACCCGCAUCAGACGUCGCCCCCGCCCGGCCCCGGCGCCUCGGGCUCCGCCACCCUGAGCCCCAACAAGGGGGUGAAGAAGGUGUCCGGCGUGGGAGGCACCACCUACGAGAUCUCGGUGUGACGGAGGGAAAGGGGUCCCCGUUCCCAGCGGGAGGCGCGAGAGAGAGAGAGAUGCGCGCGCACACACGCGGACUUCCGGGAAGGGUCCUCCUUUCCCUGCGAUGUGUUGGGAGUUUUUAGCCAAGCUUAAGUCGUCGGCGAGGCCGAGCGAGAGAGAGAGAGACGGGGAGGUGCAGCGGGAACGGAUCGACAGAGCAGCGGAUGCCUGCGGAUUCCACGGGCGGUGACAGGGGAGCACUGCGCGCGUGUCCGUCCUCUCAACGCUCCCUCCCGCAGUUUUCCUCCUCUCCCACUCUCCCCAUCUCUGGAUCUCUCUCCCCCACCGCCCCCUCCAUGCCUGAUCUCCUGCUCUCUGUAGUUCAAGCCAGCUCACUCCUUUUCCUCUCCUCCCCCUCCUCUCUCCUCCCCCUCCUCUCUCCUCCCCCUCCCUCCUCCUCUUCUCCCCCUUCCUCUCCCCCCUCCUCUCUCCCCCUCCUCCCUUCCCCCUCUCCCUCCCCCCCACUCUUCUCUCUGCUCUCCCUCCCCCCUCCUCCUCCUCCCUCCCAAACAACGAGUUAGAUCAUUGAGACCUGGACAUUGUGCAAUUGUGUUGAGUCAGGGGCUGCUCUGCCAUGUCCCGGGGAGGGGGGCCUCGACUGCAAUUGACCGGAGCCUCGAGCAGGACAAAGACUUUUGCAAAAAAAAACUUAAGAAAAAAUGGUUUUUUUAUAUAUAUAAUUAAAGGGAUUAUUUACUCUGUAUCAUCCGUGCAUUGGCGGCACUUUGCACGUGACCCUCCCUCCUGCCCCUCGCCCCCACUGCACGGGCGUAGUAUCGGGGCAGGCGAUACCUCCCCGCUCUUGCUCCGCCCUCAUCCACCUCGGGGUGAUGGAAUCCACGACACUCCGGGGACAGAGGAACGCCUCGGAACGUCCCGUUCCCAGCCCGCGGAUGCUGGGGAGGAGAAACUUUCCCCGCUGUUGUCGGCGGAAGCUGCUGCCGUUUCCGCUGCUGGGUACCGGUUUUUUCCCUCAGAUCUUCCCCGCCCGCCGCAAGUCGUUCUCCCUUCCACGGGGAGGAGUUUCUGUCAACGGCGGGGUGGGAGAAACACGAAUCGAAGUCGGGUUUACUGUCAAGCCCACGCAUGCACACAGGUAGCGACGAGAAAUUGCCAGGGGCACAGACCAUCAGAGAAAGAAGGGUUCACGAGAGAAGGCAUUGAUUAUGCAGGGUUUUUCACAAGAAAGGACACAGUCCGAGCAAAUUUUUAUCAAUGACUUGGAUGAGGGGGUAGAAGGGUGGGUUGGCAAGUCUGCAGACGACGCAAAGGUCAGUGGUGUUGUGGACAGUGUGGAGGAUUGUCGAAGAUUGCAGAGGGACAUCAAUAGGAUGCAGAGCUGGGCUGAGAAGUGGCAGAUGCAGUUCAACCCGGAGAAGUGCAAGGUGGUGCACUUUGGAAGGACAAACUCCAAGGCACUCCGGGAGGUCAGACGUGAGGGAAUGGCUCACAGUGAACAGCAGAAGUGUCGACAUACAGCGGGGUCCCAGGGGUCCCGAGCCCACCGCUCCCCCCGAAAGCGGCCACACAGGUCGACGGGGGGGGGGGGGGGGGGCGCGGUAAAGAAGGCGUCCAUCAUGCUCGCCUUCACCGGUCGGGGUACUGGUCGCGCGCCCCACUCCCCCAGUUAUGGGGGGGGGGGGGUUCUUCGGAGAGAGGGUGCGGGAGAGGUUUGCCGGGAACGCCGCCCGGAUCAGAGGGCGCCAGCUACAAGGAGAGGUCGGACAGACUCUGGGGUCGCUCCCUCCGGAGUGGCGGAGGCCAAGGGGGGA